UUUCAAGGAAUGAAGAUAAAUUCAGUGGAAUGUACUUGGAAAAUACAUUUCUAAGUAUACCAAAGUUAAUUCCACAUGUUCUUCCACAUUUGAAAUAUUUUACAUUUUUAUGCCAUCAAAUCUGGAAUUCAGAACAAGCAAUCACUCAAAUAGUCAACACACCGAUUUUAUUUUUAUCAGGAAAAUUGGAUGAAUUAGUUCCAUCAAUACAUAUGAAGAAAUUAUAUGAAAUAAAUUUAACUAGUAGAAGCGUAAAACAAUUGAAUAGUAAUAACAUUUCAUAUAAAGAAUUUUCACAUGGAACUCAUAACGAUACUUGCAUACAACCAUAUUAUUUUGAUUGUAUUUUGGAGUUUAUAAAGGUUCAAAUUUUAAAUGAACAUUAA